CCAAACGGAUACUAUAAGAGAGGGGGAACGGAUUACCUCUGCAGUCCUGCUUCUGGCACGGCACGGAGAGAGAGAAAGAGGACCGGGGAACCUUUCUUUCUCUGAUAGCGCCUGUGUCCCUGUGUUGCGUACAUGUGUGUCGAACAAAGCACACAACACUCGGUGGUUGAACCUCCGCUGCGUCUCUUCCUCCUCUUUCCUCUUUAAACACGCACAGUUAAAAUCGCUAUCGUUUCCUGUUCCGGCUCCCUGAAAUCGUGCAGCUCGCCUCGGACACCGUCCUCCCUCCUCAAGCUCUGCCCCCGUCUUCUUUCUCUGCUCGCUUUCAUUCUUUCAUUGCAUCUCUCUUUCUGUCACAUCAAUGCCAUCUUUUGCUCUCUCCCACUGUUGAUCAAAGGAGGUUUGAACUUCACUCAGGGUGUUGCCCUCCUUUUUGCCUGCUUAAUCUUUUCUGGCUGCAAUGGCUGGGGCCUUUGAGGGGAGGAGCUCAGCAACUAGAGGAGUUGAGCAGGCCAUUGUUGCUCUCAAGAAGGGUGCACAUCUCCUGAAAUGUGGGAAGAGAGGGAAGCCCAAAUUCUGCACUGUCAGGCUAUCUUAUGACGAGAGAGCACUAAUAUGGUACACCAAACAAAGGGAAAAACGUUUGAGCUUGAGUUCCGUGUCAAGUGUAGUUCUUGGACAGAAGACCACAAAACUUUUACGUCUGCAUUGGCCAGAAAAGGAAUUCCAGUCCUUGUCAGUUAUAUACAAGAACGGUGAAUCCUCACUUGACUUGGUCUGCAAAGAUAGAGAUCAAGUUGAAUGUUGGUAUCUAGGCCUGACAGCCUUAAUAUCAGCUCCAAACACCCCAUUACUUCUGGUUAACUCAACAAACAGCCGUAGGAUAAACAGCUGCACAAAUAGCCCUCCUAGCUAUAUUCAGCAAAGGAGUAGGCUCUUCGCUGCAGAUGAUUCAAGAAAUUUCACAAAGGCACACUCGCUAUAUGGCAGUCCUAGGUUGAUACAGAACAGGUUCUUGCACAGUAAACUGGAUUGCUCAGAACCAUUCUUUUCUCCAAGACAAAGAGCAUGGUCAGAGCUAGAUUCCUACUUGGAAAAGAUUAGUCCCGAAGUUGUAAAUCGAGUAAAAAACAAUUUGAGGGACAUACAAUCUGCUGAAAAAACAAAGGACCAAAGAAUCACCCAAAUGCCUAAACUCAAACGAUCUGAGGGAUCACAUGCAGCAUCAGAUUCUCUGAAGGACAUCUUUGUCUGGGGGGAUGUUCUGGGUAGUAUGUUAAAUCAUAGACAUGUAUCAAGAGCCAAUGUUUCACUUCCGAGGUUAUUGAAAUCGGCACAGAUUCUUGAUGUGCAGAGCAUUGCCUGUGGAGAGAAACAUGCAGCAAUAGUUACUAAGCAAGGCCAGGUAUUCUCAUGGGGUGAGGAGAACGGGGGGAGAUUGGGACACAAAACAAGUGACAGUGUCUCUCAUCCUAAAAUCAUUGAAUCUCUUGCCUCUACACCAGUGAAGGCUAUUGCAUUUGGAGCAAAGCACACAUGUGCGGUUUCAGUUUCAGGAGAACUUUAUGAAUGGGGAGAAGGGAUUCAUAGCCUAGGGUUGUGGAAUGAUCAGUGUCAAAGAAGCCAGUGGUUCCCGCAUAAACUGAUUGGUACUUUGGACGGCAUCUCUGUGUCGAAGAUUGCAUGUGGUCAGUGGCACACAGCUAUCAUAUCCUCCUCUGGUCAGCUGUUCACAUAUGGAGAUGGGACAUUUGGAGUUCUUGGGCAUGGUAACACAUGCAGUGUUUCUCGGCCAAAACAAGUGGAGUCCUUGAGAGGAUUAAGAUCCAAGUCUGUUGCGUGUGGACCAUGGCACACAGCUGCCAUUGUGGAAACAUCAUGCACUCUCAAGAGCAAUGCUCCUGGUGGGAAGCUGUUCACGUGGGGUGAUGCAGCUAGAUGGAAGCUGGGCCAUAUUGACAAAAAGUCGAAGCUUGUGCCAACUUGUGUCAAGUCACUCAUUGACUGUGAUUUUGCUCAGGUAUCCUGCGGUACGUCACUAACCGUUGUGCUUACAAUAACAGGUGUUGUUUUUACCAUUGGAAGCAAGGAACAUGGACAAUUAGGGAACCCUCGAUCUGAGAACACAGCUAUUUGUAUGGUUGAAGGGCCACUUAAGACUGAGUUUGUCAAAGAGAUAUCCUGCGGCACUUCCCAUGUCACAGUCUUGACAAUGAAUGGGAAAGUGUUUACGUGGGGCAAAGGCACAGAAGGGCAACUUGGUUUAGGUGAUUAUGUUGACAAGAGCUCCCCAACUCUAGUGGAGGCCCUGGAAGAUAAACAGGUGGACAGUAUAGCUUGCUGUUCCAAUUUCAGUGUUGCAAUUUGUGUGCAUAAGUCAAUCUCAAGCAACGACCAAUCUGUAUGCAGCAGUUGCCGGUUGGCAUUUCGGUUUACAAGGAAGAAGCACAACUGCUACAACUGUGGUUCCAUGUUCUGCAAUUCCUGCAGCAGCAACAAGGUUACAAGGGCAGCUCUUGCAUCAGAUAAAACCAAAAGGUGUCGUGUUUGUGAUGCUUGCUUCAAUGAGCUGAAUAAAAUUGCAGAGCACAGCAAAACGAGUUUUGGAUCAAAGAUCCAAAAAGAAGAAACAUCUUUACCAGAAAUAAGAACAUACACACCAAAGUUAUCGCGCAUAUUAAAGGAGGCAAAUUUUAUCAUGGAAAAAAUGGCCUCGGCACAAAGUCCCAACCAGAAAAGCCAGGAAUUGGUCACUUCGAAUCAAGUGAGGAAACAGUGGUGGGGGCAUGUCGACUGUCCCAAUCAAUUCAAAUGUGCACGAGACAGCAUUCCAUAUUGGUUGACAUCAAAGAAACAGACAGUCGAUGUUUCUUGUAUAGGGAGAAUGCAUGAUCCAGUGUCACAAAAGACUGCUAUCUCUUUGCCACAAGCUGCUAAUGAUAGGCGAAAAGAACAGGAAUUGAUGGAAAAGAUACUGCUGGAGGAGGUGAAACAGCUUCGAGCACAGGUAACCACUCUAGAGGAAGAAUGCCGGCAUAGGAGCCUGAAGGUUCAGUUGUAUAAACAAAAAGUUGAGGAAACUUGGUUGAUUGUCGGGGAUGAGGCUACAAAGUGCAAAGCCGCAAAAGACAUUAUAAAGAUUUUAACAAAUCAGAGGAAUGCUUUGUCAAAGAAACUUUCAUAUGGUCUGGAACUAGACAACUCCAGUAUCGUACCUAUCAGCAUCACCACUGGACAACCAGUAAAAGCUGAAUUGCCUGACCCACCUGACAAAACUCUUGUCACCGGCAGAUUUCCACAGCUAAACAGGGAUCUACACAUCAUAGAGCAAGUGGAUAUGACACCAUCUUCGAAUAUUGUUCUGGUGGAUGACUCAGGUGUGCAUCAGAAUGGCAGAAGAAACUCCAAUAGCAGCAGAGGUUAUGAUGGGGGAACAGAUAGCUCAAUUGCUCCUACUGAUUCCAAUGGUGUGAUCGAGCAAAUCGAGCGUGGGGUGUAUGUUACAGUUGUUACAUCCCCCAGUGGUAAGAAGGGCAUCAAGCGCAUCCGGUUCAGUCGGAAGCAUUUUGGCGAGGAGGAGGCGCAGAAAUGGUGGGAAGAGAACGAGAGCAUUGUAUUUGCAAAGUACAAUAGCAUGCAGUGCCUGGCAGCAUAAUCUCCAAAAGCAAAAUGUACAGAAGUAACCAGUUCUUUUGUCACAAUAUUAAUAGGACAUGGAUACUGCAAGGCGAUACUGUUCAGUAAAGGCUUAGGAUAGAUGAGGUAGAAGGAAUCAUGGGAGCAUAUGAGUUCAGAAAUCAUAAUUUGCUCUCUUUUUUAGACAAUGGGAAAGAAACUGUUCGGGCCUCUGCAUUGUUUGAUGCACACAACCUCGCACCUUAUUAUUUGCUUCCUAGUAGUAGAUUUCGCAACUACAUUGUACUUGCUUCCUAGUAGUGGUUUUGCUUCACCUCAAUACAAUUCUACACACCGUGGAUGAGGCUAACUGGGGGUCGGGGUUCGAUAGGUGUCACGACGCUAUCUGUAAUUCAGU